AAGCAGCAUCUAAAUCCCCCCCGCUCAAUAUCUUCUCAGCCAUACGCAAGCUUUUUCUCUCUCUUCAAACCCUAGCGUUUUCUCUCUCUAGAAAAAAACAAUAAUUCUCCCUCGAAAUUUCGCGCAAUCCUGAGAUGGAGAUGGAACGCGUGACGGAGCUAACUAUGGAUCGCCGGCCGAGAAAAAGGCCUCGACUGGGAUGGGAUGUUCUUCCCCAAGCCCCUAAGGCUCAGCUAUCAUUGUUUUCUGCACAAGAUAUUGGAAAUGUGACAAGCUAUGAACCUUCGGCACUUUCGGACCAUCAUAAUGCAUUGUUUGUUAAGAGCCUGGCUCGAAAUGGUUCCCCACCAUGGCGAGAGGAUGACAAAGAAGGCCAUUAUAUGUUUGAGAUCGGAGAUAAUUUAACUUCUCGCUAUAAGAUUCACAGCAAGAUGGGUGAAGGCACUUUUGGUCAGGUUUUAGAGUGUUGGGAUCGAGAUCAAAAGGAAAUGGUAGCCAUAAAGAUUGUCCGUAGUAUCAAGAAAUAUCGUGAAGCAGCAAUGAUUGAGGUAGAUGUGCUCCAACAACUUGGUAGGCAUGAUGAAGGUGGCAGUCGUUGUGUUCAAAUACGGAACUGGUUUGACUAUCGUAACCAUAUCUGUAUUGUCUUUGAGAAGCUUGGACCAAGCUUAUACGAUUUCCUUCGCAAAAACAAUUAUCGCUCAUUUCCCAUUGAUCUUGUUCGUGAGAUUGGAAGACAACUGUUGGAAUGUGUAGCAUUUAUGCAUGAUUUGCACCUCAUCCAUACGGACCUGAAGCCUGAGAAUAUUCUUCUCGUCUCAUCAGAAUACUUGCGAGUUCCCGAAUACAAGGGUUCAUCCAGGUCUCCUAAGGAUUCUUCAUUUUACAAGAGAAUACCAAAGUCAAGUGCAAUCAAAGUUAUCGAUUUUGGUAGCACAACCUAUGACAAGAAGGACCAGUCGUACAUUGUAUCAACACGACAUUACCGAGCCCCAGAAGUUAUUCUAGGAAUGGGAUGGAGUUACCCGUGUGACAUAUGGAGUGUUGGCUGUAUUUUAGUGGAGCUUUGUUCGGGUGAAGCGUUGUUUCAAACCCAUGAAAAUUUGGAGCACCUUGCGAUGAUGGAAAGAGUGCUUGGACCAUUACCGCAACACAUGUUGAAAAAAGCAGAUCGACAUGCGGAGAAAUAUAUUAGAAGGGGCAGAUUAGACUGGCCAGAGGGAGCGGCAUCUAGAGAUAGUAUAAAAGCAGUAUUAAAGAUGCCCAGGCUUCAGAAUAUGGUUAUGCAACUCGUAGAUCACUCUGCGGGCGAUCUUAUUCAUUUAUUACAAGGACUCUUGAGAUACGAUCCUUCCGAAAGAAUGUCUGCUGACGAAGCCCUAAAGCACUCAUUUUUCACGAGGGAUCAUUUUAGGAGAUAUUGAAAUAUUCUUUUAGGUAGUCGGACAUAUUUACGAAUCUGCCAGGGAAGAUGACGCAAUGCAAUUUUACUGAGGGAGUGCAUUUGGCCUAAUGGUGCUGUGCUAUUUUUCAUCAGGGAGAUGGCCAAAAUGCGCUCGUGCUUGAUCGGUGUACAUAAAUCUUCGUCACACAGGAGUUGUACAAACUCCAAAUUUUUUUAUUGGUCUUCUUUUUAUGGUGGAUUUGUUGUCUUAAUUGUAUGAUGUAGUCUCUGAUGAGAUGCUAAUAAAUUUUAGAUUUUGUGAUUUGAUUUGAUUAAUACUAUUGAAUCGACAAUUAAAAUA